ACAAUCGUGGGGAAGAAGACUCAGAUGGAUGAAGAAGGAAAGAGAGGGAAGGAGGGGGCAGUAUUGGAAGGGGUUGCAUCCAUUGCAUUGUUGCCAUGUGGGUCCAUCUCUGGACACUUCAUUCAACUUCCCCAUUCUGUCUGCUAUGGCCUCCAUGGCACUGAGUUGGCAUGUGAAAGGGAAUGCAGCAGAGGUGAGGAUUACCGCUUGAUCAAGCUCACAAUCACGGACUAUGCCAGUAAAGAAGAACGUGAUGUGGUGGUGGAGUGUAGAGGACAUGAUGCUGCUCGGUUUUGUAAUGUUGAUCAUGCUCAUGGGUGGGAGAAGGAUGUUGUUGGUAUGGUUGAACAGGAGCAUGGGAAAUGCAAGAUUUUAGUUUCUUUUGAAUGUGAGACUCUGAAAGCUGAGAAAGAAGCAGAGGAACAUAUAAUGAAGUUCAUGCCCAAAUUAGCUGGGAUGGAUGCCGUUGUUAAUGUAGGCCAGAUGAGAAUUGAAGGGCUGGAAUUCGAAGUAGGUGUAGGAAAUGAGUGCGUCCACGAGAGUAUGUAAGAAUUCUCUCAUGUUUGUUACGCUGGACAGUGCUUUGAUGCCUCUACUGUUCAAAUCCAUUUUGCGCCUGAGUUGCUUGGUGUUUCUGAUUUACAUGCUCUUGUCCCCUAGGGAGUAAUCAAUCUUGACGUAAAAAGCUUCUGCAUGGGUUUAUCUGGUUGUGGUGUACAUGCAUUUCUCAUCAGAAUUUCAUUUUGUUUUGGGAUUGCCAGUUAUUGCAGUUGUAAUUUUUCAAGCACUCUGUAUAUUCUAUUUCUCUGUUCACCAGAAUUCCUCAAGUGCCACUUAUCUUCAUACUACUGCCAAUUUUGGCUGCAAACCAUCUUCCUUA